UUGAAAGCUGCAUGAAGAAAAGUGGUAAACAGCACCAGGGCCUCGAGGAACUGCUAAAAAUAACACGUUUUUUUUUUUGCUUUUGUUAGCAGCGGUGUCUGUUGACUCAGUUAGAGGAAGUUGUUUCUUCGUGGGAGCUUCUCAGCUGUACUUUGGAUCCUUCUCUAUCCUUCGAUUUGGUAAUUAAACGGCAGAUUGCAAUACUUCGAGUGUGAAGAAACAAUUAAUGACUACUACUGUGUAUAUGAAUGUUUACCAGCUCACAUUUGCCAUUCCCAAACACAUAUGAGUGCUCCUUUCUCCUUGAGCUGGGCCGAGCGCCAUGCCUGACCGGGACAGUUCCUACCUGUCAGGUGGUGGUGGGAGUGGUGGUAGUCUGGGUGAAGAAGGGGGACCCGGGUCUGGUUUGGCAGGGAGUGCGGCAGAGGGCAGAGGAGGUUCGGGAAGUAGUGUUGGAGGAAGCGUCUCUGGCUCUGGGGGUAUGGGUGGAGGAGGAGCGCUCGGAAAUGGCAACAGCUAUGGGAACGGUGGAGGCCAAGGUGCUGGACUGGCCUUGGAUGGCGUCUGCAGGGACUUCAUACGCAAUGUUUGCAAGAGAGGGAAGCGCUGCCGCUUCAGACACCCAGACUUUAACGAGGUGCCAGACUUGGGAGUGCAGAAGAACGAAUUCAUCUUUUGUCACGAUCAUCAAAAUAAGGAGUGCAUGCGCUCCAACUGUCGCUUUGUCCACGGAUCCAAAGAGGAUGAGGACUAUUACAAGAAGACGGGAGAGUUACCUCUCAGACUAAGAGGGAAAGUUGCUGCACGGCUAGGCCUCUCCCCCAUGGACCUCCCCCAUAGCCGCGGUGAGGUUCCCAUCUGUAGAGACUUCCUGAAGGGAGAGUGCCAGAGGGGCAAUAAAUGUAAAUUUCGCCAUGUCAAAAAAGACUGUGAAUAUGAACCAACCAGGGUUGGAGUGGGUGGCAUUAUGGGGCCAGGUGUCAGUGGCAUUGUGAAUGCUGGAGGAGGCAUGGGUGGAGGAGGAGGUGCUUGCGGAGGAAUGCAGGGACUUGUGGGAGGUGGCGCAGGGGGUGGAGGUAAUAUGAUGGGGACCAGCUGCCCCGGCUUGGGUGGUUGCAGAGAUCCAGGUAUCUCAGGUCUUGGAGGAGUAGGUGGAAGUGGAAUGAGUGGGUGUCUGUCCAUAAGUUCAUCCGGACAGCGACGUUAUGACAGGAGCACAUGCUCAAUGUUUGACCCUCUGGUUGAAAGUGGUCUGUUUGAUGCUGGUUCCCUGGAGGCCUCUAUGGACCACACCACUCUACAGUUAAAGAGGCGACGGUUGGAGGGGCUGCGUCUGACAGAUGGGAGUGGAGGUGGGCACUACGAGUUGGGAGUUCAAGCCACCUUGCCACCUCGUCCUUUGGAGUACAGAUUCCUAGAGGAAGAAAAUUCCCUGCUAAGGAAGAGAGUGGAAGAAUUGAAAAAGCAGGUUUCCAAUCUCAUUGCCACCAAUGAGGUUCUUCUGGAGCAGAACGCCCAGUUCCGAAGCCAGGCCAAAGUGAUGACACUGUCUUCAACUCCUGCACCCACUGAGCAGAAUCUGGCGCCCCCCGUAGGGUCCGUGAGUUCCUACAACCAUAGCAUCGCCCAGACUCACACCACCUUGAGCAGUGCUCCGUUACAAGCUCGGCCAGUCACCCAGCAAGACCUCGUAGCUCCCACUGGUGCCCCUGCAGCCCCCCCAACCAAUGCAGCCCCACCCACAGCUCCUCCGCCACACCUCAAUCCUGAGAUAACCCCCCUCUCAGCCGCCCUCGCACAGACCAUUGCCCAGGGAAUGGCACCCCCUGUUUCUAUGGCGCCAGUGGCAGUAUCUGUGGCACCUGUGGCAGUGUCCAUGACUCAGCCAAUUCCUGGGAUCACGAUGAGUCACGCCACCACCCCAAUGGUGUCGUACCCAAUUGCAAGUCAAAGCAUGAGGAUCACAACCCUGCAACACUGAAUGAAUGCAAGGGCCGUAAUACCCAUGAGCCGAACUGGAAAUGUACUUGAACUUUAAUGGGUUUUGAUUUUUUACACAGAUGGAUUUUUUUUUCUGUGUAUGAGACUCAGAUGUUUGAACAAUGAGAGAUGUGCGAUAGAGACACUUCUUUUUCUCCACCAGGGGUCAGGAUAAAAGCUUAUCCUUCCCUAAAUCAGAACUAUGUUCUAUGGCAACGUUACAAAUGUUGAGGGUUUUGGGGUUUUUUUGUUUUGUUUUCGCAGAUUGACUGACACAAGCCCUGGCGAAGGUCUUUGUACCAAAGGGAUCUUUUCAUACACGCAUACACUAAAAAUGACAAGACUUAAAACUCGUGCCGUCAUCUGUGGUGUGUGAAAUGCGAAUUGUUUCGGCAAGGCUGCAGCAUUGUCCAUCUAAAGACACAAAGACAUUGGACACUGUUUGUUUGUUUUUUUUAUUGUUCUGGUGUAAAUUAAUUUUGGUACUUUGCACAUUUGAAACAAAACAAACAAAAAAAAGAAUUACAACCACUCAACAGUGAAUCCUGUGUUUUCUGUCUUUUUACAGUUGCUUUUUUAUGUUUACAUAUGUCAUAAAUGGAUAUAGUUUCA